AUAUAUAUAAAACCACCAAAAACCUCAAUUUUCCUUUGGUUAAGGAAAGAUAAGAUUAAGAAACCAUGGAGAAGAAUGAAGAGGUUGUAGCAACUGAUGAGCCUAAAAUUAAUUAUAGAGGAUGGAAAACUAUGCCCUUUGUUAUAGGGAAUGAAACUUUUGAGAAGCUGGGGACUACUGGCACCGCUAACAAUCUCUUGGUAUAUUUCACUACUGUGUUCAACAUGAAGGGUAUUCAAGCCGCAACUCUGGUUAAUGUCUUCAAUGGUACAACAAACUUUGCAACCUUGAUGGGAGCAUUCCUCUGUGACACAUAUUUUGGCCGAUACAAGACACUGGGGUUCGCUUCUGUUGCCUCGUUUCUGGGAAUGGUUUUACUUUCUUUAACAGCAGCAAUCUCUCAGUUGCACCCACCCCCCUGCAAGAAUCAACAAACUGGAACAUGUCAUGGAGCAACGCCAUGGCAAUUGGCAUUUCUGUUAAGUGGACUAGGAUUGCUAGUAGUUGGAGGUGGUGGAAUCAGACCAUGUAAUUUGGCCUUUGGAGCUGACCAAUUUGAUCCCAACACAGAAUCUGGGAAGAGGGGAACCAGCAGCUUCUUCAACUGGUUUUACUUCACCUACACUUUUGCCAUGAUAGUAACUUUAACAGUUGUUGUGUAUGUGCAAUCAGAUGUGAGCUGGGCUUGGGGACUGGCAAUUCCUGCAUUUUUGAUGUUCCUAUCAUGUGUAAUGUUCUUCAUAGGAUCAAGACUAUAUGUUAAAGUAAAACCAGAUGGCAGUCCUUUGACAAGCAUAGUGCAGGUUAUAGUGGCUGCUAUUAGAAAGAGGCGACUGAAGUUAUCAGAUCAACCAUGGUUGUCCCUUUAUAACCAUGUUCCAAAAAAUUGUAUCAACUCCAAGCUUCCUUACACUGAACAAUUCAGAUUCCUCAAUAAAGCUGCAAUCGUGACACCUGAAGACCAAAUCAACUCAGAUGGAUCAGCAGCCAAUUCAUGGAGACUUUGCAGUCUGCAAAAAGUGGAGGAGUUGAAAGUCUUAAUAAGGGUUAUUCCUAUAUGGGCCUCAUCUAUUGUGUUUUAUGUUGCUUUGGUCCAACAACAGACAUAUGUGAUCUUUCAAGCUCUCCAAUCUGAUAGACGCCUUGGCAAAACCAAUUUCAAAAUCCCAGCUGCAACUUACACAAUCUUCACCAUGAUCAGCCUCACUAUAUGGAUUCCUAUCUAUGACAGAAUCAUUGUUCCAAGGCUCCAAAGAUUGACAAAAAAAGAAGGUGGCCUCACAAUCCUUCAAAGGAUGGGAAUUGGGAUGGUUCUUGCCAUAGUUACCAUGCUUUUAUCUGGCAUAAUUGAAGAAAGGAGAAGAACCCUGGCUCUCGGUAAGCCACUUGGUGAAGAUUUAAUAAGAGGAGCAAUAUCUCCUUUAUCAGGAUUGUGGUUAAUACCUCAGCUAACACUUACAGGACUUUCAGAGGCAUUUACCAUAAUUGCCCAAGUUGAGUUCUACUACAAGCAGUUUCCAGAAAACAUGAGAAGUAUUGGGGGAUCUUUAUUAUUUGUUGGUUUUGCCGCAUCAAAUUACUUGAGUGGUUUAUUGUUAUCAGUUGUUCACAGAACCACAGAUGGGGCUGCAACUGGGAACUGGUUGCCUGAUGAUCUUAACAAGGGGAGAUUGGACUACUUCUAUUACUUUGUUGCAGCAUUAGGGGUUUUAAAUUUGGGCUAUUUCAUAGUGUGUGCAAGGUGGUACAAGUAUAAAGAAAGUGGUGCUAAUCCCCCCCACGAAUCUGGCAAUGGAAAACUAGAGUCUGAAAAACCUCCAGUUUAAAUCAUAAAUUAGUAAAAAUUUAUUCAAUAAGAAAAACGAAGAUAGCAAGAAUCCGUUGCCAUCAUUUUCUUGGCUUGUAACCAAUCUAUCCAUGAAAAAAGAGAUUCAAACCUUUCGAUAAUUAUGUAUCAGUGUAAUGGAUACUAGAGCUUGAAGUCAAAAAGUUA